AGAUGAGCAGCAACAGCAGCAAGAGGGCUCCGACAACAGCGACCCAGCGGCUGAAGCAGGACUACCUUCGCAUCAAGAAGGACCCUGUGCCUUACAUCUGUGCCGAGCCCCUCCCUUCGAACAUUCUCGAAUGGUGAGACUCUGCCGCUUGCCUGCUGCCCUUGCACAGGUCUCCGCUGGCCCAGCUGGGAGCCUGGUGCCCCCGGUCAUGGCACCAGCGAGGCAGUCCUCCCCGCUCCUCGAGUGCACUAUGUCGUCCGAGGCCCUGAGAUGACCCCUUAUGAAGGUGGCUAUUAUCAUGGAAAACUAAUUUUUCCCAGAGAAUUUCCUUUCAAACCUCCUAGUAUUUAUAUGAUAACUCCCAAUGGAAGAUUUAAGUGCAACACCAGGCUGUGUCUUUCCAUCACGGAUUUCCACCCGGACACGUGGAACCCAGCCUGGUCCGUCUCCACCAUCCUGACCGGGCUGCUGAGCUUCAUGGUGGAAAAGGGUCCCACCCUGGGCAGUAUAGAGACGUCAGACUUCACGAAAAGACAGCUGGCAGCGCAGAGUUUAGCAUUUAACUUAAAAGAUAAAGUCUUUUGUGAAUUGUUUCCUGAAGUCGUGGAGGAAAUUAAACAAAAACAGAAAGCACAAGAUGAACUCAGUAGCAGACCCCAGGCUCUCCCCUUGCCAGAUGUGGUUCCCGACGGGGAGACGCACCACGGCCAGAAUGGGGUCCCGCUCCUGCAUGGGCAUGCGCCAGGGGCCGGCCCCAACCUCGCUGGGCUCCAGCAGGCCAACCGGCACCACGGACUCCUGGGUGGGGCCCUGGCGAACUUGUUUGUUAUAGUUGGGUUUGCAGCCUUUGCCUAUACGGUCAAGUACGUCCUGAGGAGCAUCGCACAGGAAUGAGGCACGCCAGGACCCGUGGUUGCUGCUGAGGGAUGCCAGGCAUGAACCUGACGUGGGCAGGCUAGACACACUGCUGAGCACGAGCGGACCUGCUGGACUCCUGGGUGUAGCCUGUUAACAGGAAAGCAACAACCAAAAUGCGCAGUUCAGAUGUGGGGAGACUCGGGACUCUCGGCCCCUCUUCCGGCCUGGUGUCGGGGCUGGUGGGCCGUCUCCUGUGUUGUCUUUGGACCUGUUUUAGUAAACCUGUUUUUCAUUUUGUUAGAUUUGAUCACUUAAAAAUAUAAAACCCAAUGCCUAUCAUU